AUGCGCUUCAUUAUUGCGUGGCUGCCGCUCAGCCUGUGCCUGAUUUUUGGAAUGGACGUGAAUUCUGUUGAGGCUGCGAAUAUUUUGGGAAUAUUUCCAUACCGACACUCGUCCACCUAUACGGUCAUUCAACCAUUAGUAAAGGAACUAGUAGGAAAAGGCCAUAACUUAACAGUCAUAACCCCCUCUCAUAUUUCGCCUAAUAUCGAGGGAGUUCGUCAUAUACGAGUGGACUUGUUGCACAAACACCUGCAUGACCUUAUGAAUUCGAACCAACUUAUUGAAUUCUUCAGAGACAAAUGGAGAGAAGCAGUUUUUGCGGCUACAUUUCUAGCCAACACUUCAGCUGCCAUUCUCAGUGACGACGGUGUCCAGAAAAUGCUGAGUGACAAAAGCGAGCGGUUUGACAUGAUCAUGAUAGAGACAUGCCAAUUGGAUGCAGUGUAUGGAUUGGCGGAAUACUAUAACGCUACCCUAGUGGGGGUUUCCUACAUACGGCUCAACUGGAGUGUCGACGAAUUGGCUGGAAAUCCCGCACCUAGCGUCUACGAGCCUAUAUCCCCCAUGGGAUUUUCACUGGACUCCUCGAUUCUUAGUCGUAUAUAUAACUGGAUAUACAUAACCGAAGAAAAGUUGUUGGAUCGUCUUCUUAUCCGCCCAGCACAAUUGCGUAUAUUUAAGAAGUUCUUCGGUUACUCGGAACAAAAAAUGGAGGAGCUAAGGUCCAGAUUUUCAGUGAUCUUGGUAAAUAACCAUUUCAGCUUUGGGCGAGUUAGGUCGAAUGUGCCCAAUAUUAUCGAGAUCGCGGGCAUUCACCUUAGCGAACCGCCCGAGCCUUGUGGCCAGGAACUGCAACGGUUCUUAGACGAAGCGGAACACGGUGUGAUAUAUUUCUCAUUAGGUUUUGAUAUUAUGCUAAAGUUUCUACCACAAGACAUUCUGCAACCUCUGCUGAAAAGUUUUUCUCGGAUCAAACAAAGGGUGGUGUGGAAAACCGACGACACCACAACGCCCAACCAAACCGGAAACAUAUACAGGAUGGCCAAGACGCCACAACGGAUGAUCCUGUCCCAUCCCAACACCAGACUAUUCAUAACCCACGGGGGGCUACUGAGUCUCAUUGAGGCGAUUGACAGCGGAGUUCCGAUGCUAGGAAUACCCUUCUUUUUCGACCAGUUUGAUAACUUGCACAAAAUUCAGCAGGCAGGAAUGGCAAGAGUCCUGGACACACCUUCCCCCUCUGUAGACACAAUAACUGACACUAUUCGGGAUCUGAUCGAAGAACCAAAGUAUUCUCAAAGAGCUAAGGAAAUGUCAUUUAUCUUCAGAGACCGUCCCAUUAGUCCUUUGGACUCGGCUGUCUGGUGGAUAGAAUAUGCUUUGCGCCAUAGGAAUGCCAGCCUGAUGCGAAUCAACGAAAGCGAUAUUUCUUUCAUGGUUUACUACAAACUGGGCGACCUUUUACCUCUGUACAUUCGUAUCGGGGCUAUAUUAAUAUUCGUGAUCUUUAUCAGUCGUAGGCUGAUCAAAAAACACAGCACUUCAAACUUAACACACACUUAA